GUUAGUCAGGCCCGUCCGCGGUGUGAACAGGCGGUGAUUCUGUGAGUGAGUGUGAGGCACGCGUCAACAAAAAACCUUCAAGGUCAAGUCAACCGAACAACCGAAUAUCCAAAUCUAAGGGCCUUACCUCUUGGAACUUGCUGCUCGAUAUACCAACCACAACUGUGACUCUGACGAGAUUUAGUCUGUUGUUGUUAUUGAUAUCAACCCAGGACGAGAUCUAGGAAGUGAGGGGUCAUGGCGUCCACCGGAAAGGUUUUGCAGUUUCUGCUCUUGUGUCUCCUCGUCGUUCUGAACACAUUCGAGACCGAAGCUUUCAAAUAUCAGAAAGUCAAGGUUGGAACUCCCUAUGAAAUCGAAUGCUACCACAGUUCCGCUUUAGGCUUGACCCCGACUGGUCUGGAGCUCUGGUGGUACCACAACGGAAAGAUGAGCCGGGUGGCAUCAUUAAAGCACGGCAUGGCGACUGCAGAAGGACCCCUGGCUCACGCCGCUAAAGUGUCGGGCUUCCAGCUGGCUUCCUCUGUGUUCCUCAACCUACGAGUCGAGAAAGCAAGUGCGGAGGAGAUGGGCCCGUUCGUCUGCAUGUUCAACUACAGGGACAAAAACAAGUCAGAGAAGUCAGCAGUGGCAGACUACGUCAAUUUUGUGCCCACCUAGUCGAACUUCCCGAGUCACAAAACGUCAUGUUGAUCCUCGGCAAGCUGUUUCAUUGUGCUAAGCCCAGGAAGAAAAACAUUUUUAGAAGAGAAGAAAAAACUGUUUCAAUCUUUUAAUAAUAGUGCUUGUAUAUGUAUCAUUUCUCCCUUUUUACAAUGUUUAGAAUUUGAACUUGGACAAAAUAAUGUAUCUUGAUUACAUGCAACUGAUACAAAAGAUUCUAUUUAUUAAAAUAAACAACGGCAGAUAUUCAAAUUAAAAAAAAAAGGAUUGGGCUUGAUAGCCUGCAUCUUAACAGCGUGGCCGAUGUUAUGUAGUAUACAAUAAACAUGUACAUACGCACGUUUGCGUUAUAAUCAUCUUUUGUCAUUCUAAUAGCAAAUGAUCCACACUGUUAAUCGAAUUCAUUUAUUGAUUCAGUCAGGCCCAGCCACAUUUUCAUUCAUGGGUGGGGUAAAAGCUGUCCUUUUGAUACAAUUCGAUCGAAAACGACUAAGUUCGACUGUGAUCUUCAAAAUCAGCCGGUCAGUUUUCCCAAGGUCGCAAGCCAAAUCGGUUGUAUUGUGCCAGACUGGUGUUUUUUGCUCCCUUCUAAAUAAAUUUCGACUGGCAGUGGGUUCCCUUAGAAUGACAGGGUUCUAUAACUACUUUUUGCGAGAAUGAAUUACACACUAUAUACACAUUAUAAUCAACACAUGUGCUUCAUGUCUCAAGCCAACCUCUGACCUGUAUUUUUUUCAUUUUGACGCUUAACAAAUAAAGUGUAAAAACAUUUUU